AUGACAGCAAGCUGUGGUGGCAAGGAAUGGAAUGGCUUUCAGACAGAGAAAAGUGGCCUACAGACAUCGUCACAAGUCGCACUCCUGAGAGCCAAGCAUAGGCUAAAAUUACCAAAGAACUUUUUAAUGGCGCCACUGCGUCAACUGGGUGGCUCAAUGUUGAGGAUCGUCGCCUGGACAGCCAGAUUCAUACGGAAUUCACGCCUGAAGAAACAAGAAAGAAUGAUGGGCCCAUUGACGACCGACGAGAUUAAAAACCAGCACCUGUUUUGGACCAGGCGCCCUCAAGGGAUUCAAAGCGAGGAUGUGACAGACGAUCGACAAAGACUGGGUUUAGAAGAAAACGACCAGGGGAUACUCAUAUGUCGAGGUCGUGUACAGGUACAUUACCCGGUAUACCUGCCUGACAAGCUAAGCACCCCUACACAGUGAAACUCUUUGAAGCCGUACUUAGCAUGGGGGAGUAAGUUUAACAAUGGUGCGGAUCGGAGAGCGUCAUUGGGUGCCGAGGCUCAGACGUCUGACCAAGAGAGUAAUAAAACACUGUUAUGGUUGUCACCGUUUCCAAGUCAGAGCCGCUGCUAAACCACCUCUAGCCCUUAGAAAUGUCGUGCGAGCGGGCGCCUUUGACAAAUUAACUCAGGAACAGCUAAACCCGUAGGUUCGAGAGUUCAGACCUAUCCGUGAAGCUGCAAUUGCAGCGAGAGUACGAAUGCAAGAUAUUGCUGACAAAGAGCAAGCCAACUGA